AUGGACGUCGGUCAGGCUGAGGCGGCGGCGCUGCUGUUCACGGAGGCGAUCCACGACGGCCCGCCGACCGCGGCGCUCUACGCCGAGCGAGCGCAGGCGCUCAUCAGGGCGGGCAACUUCGCCGCCGCGGCCGCCGACGCCACCAGGGCCGCUGACCUCGACCCCACCAUGCACAGGGCCUACCUCCGGAAAGCCCGCGCGUGCAUCAACCUCGAGCGCUACGGCUCCGCCAGGGCCGCCGUCCUGGCCGGCGCCGCCGUCGCACCCGGGGACCUGCGGUUCGCCGAGCUGAUGGAGGAGCUCGACGCCAAGGUGGUUCCCGGGCAGAGGACGGAGCUGGCGGCAGGGGCGGCAGCCGGCGCCUGCGACAGCGACCGCGAGCAGCUAGCAAAAGUGGCCGGUGAUGUGCACGGAUGGCCAAGGCCGGCGGCGCACCGGAGGGCAUCGAGCUGCGUCUAG